AUGGAUUGCUUAGUUCAAGCAAGAAACAGUUAUCUUUGUUCAUUUACUCCACCCUGUAGAAGCGAAGUUCGUAACUCUAAUUAUCAACGAAGAUGCUACCAAAAGAAAUGUGAAGGACUAUUCGCUCCAAUAGAUCAACCAUUCAAAGAACUUGGCUAUCCUUUGAUAAUUGAUGCUCCAAGUCUAGUUAAAAGCGUUCUUGGAUGCUUACCUCAGCGGCCUAAUAUACUGACUGCUUAUGAACCAGAUGAUAGCAUCAGAGGUAGUGAAGAGAGAAGGCAAGAUGGAGCUUUGCUGAAAGCCACCUUGAAUACAGUGGAAUUGACUAGUGAGUCAGUGGAGAAAAGUUGUCAACCACUGCGUCCUAAACAAUUUCGGGUAAAUGAAAAAGUUACCACUUAUCCAGUACAGUCAGUGUCAGCAUACAUGGAAAGAAGACGUAAACGCGGUUUAAUAAACUUUAAAAAGGUUAUCCAACAAUCAAAUGAUACUACAAAUUGUGUUAUACGUGGGAGAAGCUUUUUUGGGAUAUUAAACCAAGAAAUUAUUCAAAAGAUACACAAUUUCUGGGAUAUGCAUUAUCGAAUUAUUGAGUCAAGAAAGAGUAGAAUUAUACCUCCAGUUCGAGGGUAUACACUGAACAAAACAAUAACAACAACAACAACAACACCUGAACAAAGUAAUCCUAUCAAUGAAUUAACAGAGAAAGUGAAUGAUGAGAUUGAUGAAGAUGUACUUCUUGACGAAGAACCAGAAAUACGUAAAUUAAUGAGUCAUUUAAUUGCUGCCGGUUGUAAUUUACAAUACCCGCUAAGUGAUUCAUCUCGAGAAUUAUCGGACAAAGUCAAAGACAGUCGUGAUUAUUCAACUUUAGCUAUGGAACGUCGACGUCAUAGACAAUAUAAGCAAUGGUAUACUGAACCGCAAAGACCAUUUACUCCACGAUUUUUUAAUAUAUGUCGUCCAGAUUUCGGCGCCGAAUUAGAGAAUGAUACACUGGAUAAAACUUAUGAACUAUUAAAUUGUAAAAAGGUAGAACAAGUUGGAAAUUCAAUGAAGAGUAACAAACAGCAUGAUAAGGAAUCAUUUACUGAUUCAGUCUGUGAUUUGAUAUACAUACAAUUGUGUUGUGUCCUUUGGCUUUUGGAGCAAAUGUAUCUUUCGUCAACUUCUGAGACUGAUCCAAAUUGGAGACCAAUAUCAGCAUCUUGGAAAUUUAGUUCCGAUAGCUCAUUAACAGAAAUGAAAACGUCCAGUGAUGAACAAAGUCAUCCUGAUCAAAUUUGGUAUCAUUUCAUCUAUGAAACAAGUGAUAAACAACCAAAAAUGAAAUCACGAUUUCAUCCUGUUGGUUCAGCACAUAGUAUUAACUCUGUACAAUCUGGAACGGCAUCAUCUGAGCAAGGAUGUACAACACCAGUUUCAUCAAUCACGAAAUUACAACCAAUCAAGGGAAUAUCAAGAUCUGUUGUAGGUUCAACAGAUGACCUGUCUGAUGGACAAUCAACUCGACUUUCAAAAUCCGGAGAACGUUUCAACCUGUCAUCACCAAUGAAUAGCCAGGAGAGAAUUAAUUCAGCAAAUCCGAUUCAUUCAACAUCAAGAUCACUGACUAAUAGUCACAAAAAAAUCAAUCUCUUAUCUAGUAAAACUGACACAUCUGUACCAAAUCGACGUUGUGUACAAUUCUUAAAAAAAUCUUAUUCACCUCAAUCAAAUGAAAACCAAUGGGUCAAUUAUAGAAAUCAAAUUCAAAACUUGGCAAAAGAAACUCUAACUGAAAUGGCUCAUCGAAUUGAAGUUGAAUUGGAUAAGGAAAGUUUGAAAGAAGCUGAAUUACGCAUGAUCACCAGUAGAGGUGAGAUUCCUUCAAAGAAUUUUCAGAAAAGACCCUUCACAAUUGGUUCUUUGAAAGAAAUUCCUAAAGAGUUUACAAGUCAUAAAUUUACAAAUCUUGUCGAUAAUAUACGAACUCAACUCUCGAUAAUGACAGAUGAAAAGGCGGUUGAAUUGGAAGAUCGUCUAGAAUUUAUGAAACAGAUAAGACCUGAGAUAUGCCUUGCCAAGUAUCAUAGUAUACCUGUGAAAGGACAUACACAUAUUGCUAUGAAACGGAUGCAUAAACUGGCACGUUAUGAUAAAGCAGCUGGAGAACUGGCUCGUAAAACUGCUCAAAAGAAAGAAUUAGCGCCUUGGUAUGUGGACCUGUUGACCGAUUUAAAAGACUUAAAACGUGAACAUAAAAUUAUCUACAUUCUGUCAAAACUUAAGUUUUACGCUCAUUUGUCACCUAGUCAAUUUACUGUAUUAUCAUUCACUCGUGUCCUUCGGUCUUUAACACUAUGGGAAAUUCUUUCACCGGCAAAUGUUGCCGCUAUUGAUUUCAUACGUAUGCGUGUUCUCGAUAUGUCUAUUGAAGAAUACUUAGAUUGGUUGUGUGAAGUACAUCCAAAUAUCAAGGAAUGUAUUACUAAUGAACCAGAAUUCUGA